UAUACAUUUUUUUUGUAGGAAUGUUGGAUGAAUGUUUUUUGCCCAAACAGCUGAUGCAAUGCAAAAAAUCAAAUCCCUGGAGAUAUGUGUAUAAUUUGCAAUUAAAAAAAUGCGACAAACUUCGUAAAGGAAUAUGCAGUGGAAACGCAAAUAGAUUUAAAACUAUAAAAGAAUGUCAAGAAUCCUGUAUCGUGACAGAGGAAGAUUGUCGUUUGAAAAAAGAUGAAGGAAAUGGAAAUUGUAGCGAGAGUGGAGAUUGCAAAAAGAUGUUUUAUUUCUACAACUAUGACCAAAGGUUCUGUGAAGCAUUUUUAUAUACUGGUUCAGGUGGAAACUCAAAUAAAUUUCCCACUUUUGAGGAUUGCGUGCACAUGUGCGCACCACAUAUCACGACUGACGAUCCAAUUCGUGAUUAUCAAUUACAAUCAAUAUCUGAACACACACCGGAUGAAAAAUAUAACAUGACGGAACUUAAGGAAGAAGAAAUUACAACGACGCCUGCUACUACUCCUUCAAAACAAGACGACCACCAUUCGGACCACCAUUCGGACCACGAUGACGACCAUUCAGAUCACGACGACCACCAUAUAGAUCAUCAUGACGACAAAGAUGACAAUGUUUUAACGUUAACUGUGGAUCCUGAAGAAUUAGCUCUGCUCAAGUAUAUUAGAAAAUCACUUAAAAUUCACCGCAAGAAAAUGAGGGAGGCUUACGAUGAGAUUGAUGAAAAAGUCAUGCCGAAAACAUCUCCAACGACAACUCCCAUCACAGUCACCCCUACACUGCCCUCAGACGCUUCACCGACAGACGGGAUGAGCGACGACAUUGAUGACGACAUGAAUGACGACUCAACAGAUUACUCAGAUGCUGGCACACCAUUUGAAGAUGAAACAAAAUAAGUUUGAAGUAAAAACCUAUUGAGACAAUUUUUGACUGCUUGUUCAUUUACUACUACUGUAUUGUUGUUAUUAAAGUUCUUGUCUCGUCGGCUUA